CUAGCUCCUCGACCUGCGAACAAUGAUGUCGAACGAUAUUUUACUAACAAAAUGUGCUGUUUGCGGAGAAAAUGCUAACGAACCUUACAUAGAAUGCUGCGAGUGCGACGCUAGUUUAUGUACGAGCUGUUUCGCCACAGGACAAGAGGUGGGUGGACACAAAAAUAACCACAAAUACGCGGUGAGGAAAAACGACUUUCCGCUUUUCGACAAUUGCAACUGGUCGUCUAAAGAAGAAUGUAAGCUGUUGUCAGCCUUAUCAACGUACGGGUAUGGUAAUUGGGAGGAGAUAUCGAAAAUGGUGCACAGUAGAACGAAAUUGGAAUGUCACGAGCAUUACAAGAAAUACUACAUAGAGAAUGUGCAGUAUAAGGAGCUAAAAUUGUUGCCAGAGACUGAACAGUCUUUAUUUCCUAAGAUAGUGACACCAUAUUUGUACAGUAUGGAUAUUAGCACUAAUCCACCGAGGAAUAAUCAGGGGGACCAGCAUUUAGCCGGUUAUAAUGCAUACCGGUCUGAAUUCGAGCUCAGCUAUGACCAUAAUGCGGAAAGCAUAUUCAACAUUGAAGACGCAUAUUCCGAUGAUGAGAAUGAUGAAUGUAUGGAUGCUCUAAAAGUGUCUUUAGUAAGUGCUUUAAACACUAGAUUAAGAGAAAGGCAGAGACGGUAUGAAAUAAUUCAAAAUCAUGGCUUGAUCAUGCCAAAUAAACUGAUAUCAUGGGUGCAGAAGUUUGAUAGAAUUCUAACACGGCAUAAGUCUGAACGGCUCUUGGCAUUCAUGCAGUUUAUGACAGGUAUGCAGUUUGAUGCGUUUAUGGAGUCACUUAGUGUGGAAGCUGAGUUAUUACAACGGAUAACUAAACUAAUAGAGUAUAGAAAGAACGGGAUUAGGACACUGUACUGUGCAGGAUUGUAUAAAGAAUUAAAGAAGGAACAUGACAUAGUGAUGAAAGAACAAAAAUACAAUACAAUGAUAAUACAAAGGAAGUUUGAGAGCCAAUCACCAGUGAAAAUGAGUGGCAAAGUUUGUUUCACAAAAGAUUUGCAGGUCAAAAAGUACAAGCGGCAGAUGAAUCCAUUGGAAAUCAUCGAUUUACCAGGAUUCCUUCACCUAUCAGACUCGGAAAAGACCUUAUGUUCAAAUUUAAGGUUAAUUCCGAGGAACUACUUGGAAAUCAAGGAGCAACUGAUUGCUGAGAACAAUAAGUUAGGGUACCUAAGAUUGUUGGACGCUAGACGGAUAGUGAAGAUAGAUGUAAACAAAACUAGGAAGAUAUAUGAUUAUCUUAUUACUGAAGGCUUUAUUUAUAAACCAUUGUGAAUA